UUAAACAUUUAUUCGUCUAAAUAAACACUGAGGCACGAAGAGCCAGAGGGAAACACUUCAUCAACCGUAAAAUUUUUAUCAAAAAAACGCUUUACGAUACUGUAGUGGUUGAAGUGCCCUGUGCAAUUUCUUUUCAUCACAAAUUGUCCACCUGCCUGGUAGAGUAUCGGCUAUCAAGCUGUUCUAGGUUUGUAUUUCAUAAUGUCCUCGAUGCAUAUAUAUAUUUAUUACAAGAUUAUUACAAGAUUUUCUGCUGCAAUGGAAGGUUUACUGCAUGUUUUUCUAUAUGUUCAUUUAUAUGCUCAAUUAAGGCCUGAUAUUGAUUUCAGGUGUUAAUUUCAGUAUCUACAUUUGUAUAGAGCCAUGCAAUUCUCCAAAUCUUGGACCAAACAUUUAGACAUAACUAUUAAGUAAUUAAUCAUCUGUAUGGUUAAUAAUAACAAAAAACAAAAAAAACAUGAAUAAUUUUACAAAAAGAGUAGCUUUAAUUUGUCAAAGUCGGGUCUAAAUUUGAGCAUGUUCGGUCUACCAUUUUUUUGUAUUAGUAUGAUACAGGUAAGGAUUUUUUUCUGAAGUAUGUUGCCUUAAAAUCAAAAGAAAAAAACUUCAAAGUUUGUUUCUCAUUUCCACAUAUUUUCCUGUAUCUGAUUGAUUUCUUUGUUUACUUGUAGAUAAUCAUCCGUUGUUAACUUGUAGAUAAUUCAAUCAUUCUUUGUUUACUUUUAGAUAAUCAUCCGUUGGAGACAUGGUUUGUUUUCUCUGUAUCAGCGUUAUUUUAGUCCAGUUGCUUGCAUUGCUCACUGUAGUGGGGUCAACUGAUGACCUUUCACCUGAUGGGUCAAGGGUAGCACCUCAUGACCUUGAAUGGGAUGAAAGAGGCUACAUUCUGUUUUGUCUGUGUAUGGGUCGGUUUGGGAACCAAGCAGAACAUUUUUUAGGUGGUCUGGCAUUCGCUAAAGCUGUGGACCGGACCUUAAUUCUUCCUCCAUGGCGGACAUAUAAAAAUGUGCCCUUUAAUGAAUGGUUUGAUGUGACUUCUGUCGGAGAGUAUCACAGAGUGAUCACAGCCGAGGACUUUAUGGAGAAGCUGGCCCCUAAGUACUGGCCCCAAGGGAACAGAACGGGGUACUGCUUUGGUUACCAAGGGUCUAGUGUCCCCUGUAAGAUGAAAGAAGGGAAUCCAUUCGGGCCGUUCUGGGAUGGCCUUGGAGUAUAUUUUGACCGCAGUGUCUCCUACCAUGUAAUGUAUACUGACCAUGUCGGCUGGAGGAAACGGUUUCCAGCUGAUGAGGAACCUGUUGUGGCCCUUAAAGGAGCUCCAGCCCCUUAUCCCAUGGCAGAGGACACAGUCCCUCUUCAGAAAUACCUCAGGUGGUCGUCUACAAUAGAGGACGAGGUCCAAAGUCACAUCGCAAAGAUGUUUGAACAAGAACGAUUUAUCGGGAUUCAUCUUCGCAAUGGUGUGGACUGGAAAAAUGCUUGCAAGAAUGUAGAGGGUGAAAGUAAGUUCAUGGCCUCACCUCAGUGUCUCGGCUACGAAGGGAAAAACAAGAUUUCUGCUGAGAUGUGCUUUCCUUCUGAUGCUGAAAUAUUCAUGUUGUUGGAAAAAGUUGUUAAAAUCUCUGGUAUUCAUCAAAUAUAUGUAGCAACCGACAAGAAUCCCUUGACAAAAGAAAUUGAGAAACAUUUCACAAAAUUACAGGUCAAAGUUCAUCAUCUAGAUCCCUGGCUUCCACAGAUUGACCUCGCCAUAUUAGGGAAGUCCGACUACUUCAUCGGCAACUGUAUAUCAUCCUUCACAGCUUUCGUUGCUAGGGAGCGACUCAUCAGUGGAAAACCAACGUUUUAUUGGGGCUACAGCAGUUAACACAAACUAAAUAUAUAGGUAUACCAUACAAUGACAUUUGUCUAGCUCUAAUUAUAUAGUAUUGUACUGGGUCAGGGGUCACAAACUAUUACCGUAUUUACCCGGUAGUACACCCAGGGAUCGCGAUACCAUACAAUGACAUUUGUCUAGCUCUAUAAUUAGUAUUGUACUGGGUCAGGGGUCACAAACUAUUACCGUAUUUACCCGGUAGUACACCCAGGGAUCGCGAUACCGUACAAUGACAUUUGUCUAGCUCUAUAAUUAGUAUUGUACUGGGUCAGGGGUCACAAACUAUUACCGUAUUUACCCGGUAGUACACCCAGGGAUCGCGAUACCAUACAAUGACAUUUGUCUAGCUCUAUAAACAGUAUUGUACUUGGUUGGGAAACACAAACUAUUACCAUAUUUACGGUAAAUGUUACCCUGUAGUAUGUUCAGGGGGAUCAAUUCCCUUACUUUGGGAUAUUUUGGUGUCAGAAAGUUUUAGCAUUCUUUUUUUUUUUUUUUUGUCGAAGCACGGCGCUGUUAUAUUUUGGAAUAUAACUGCUGACUUGAAACUCUUACUUCAUAAUUUUGCUGAACAGCAAUCUAUAGAUGGACUUACGACAAGGCAUGGUAUUUUUGCUGGAUUAAUACAGUAGAGUGCAGAAAGAGUUCAGAGGUCCCACAUUCAAAUUAUUAAAGCACAUGUCGAGUGUCAGGAAAGUCUAGCAGCCCCAAGUGCAAAUUGCAGCUGUGUAGCAUUUUCCUGGUCCUGUGACAUUGCUGAUUUCAUGAUGGUUUUUACCAAAAUUUAUGGAUGAUUUAUAUAAAUGGAAUGAGAUGUUCCUUGUUCAUGAGUUGUCAUUUCACCUGCAAAAAAAAAAUGUUUUCAUCAGAAUGAGACAUGUAAACUUUUUAAGCUUAUGAUUUAAGUGUUUUCAAAUGGUGUUUCUGGAAAAUAUUAUUAACUGGAGAAGUGUUUCACUGUGUGAAUGCUUAAAAUUAUAUUUGCUGUGUAAAUGAGUAGGGGAGAUAACUCCUUCAAGCAUGUGACAAUUCUAAAAACUUAAAUUAUGAAGAGUGCAUGUGGUGUAUAAACAGUUGUAUCAUGUUAAACAAUGGUGAAAGUUAAAUGCUCCAAAAGUUUAAGCAAAUUAUUUUUAUAUUGAAUUCAAAAUGGAUAAAUAAUUAAUUCUGUCCAAAGAAAAUUCAAUCAUGCUCCGACUCCUAUCUUGUAUGUUAAGUAACUUUCGUCUGAUAAGCAAUCAUUAUUAAAAUGCUGUUAUUAUAUUUCUUGGUGUUAAUAAGACAGAUUUCUAUACUGUAGGUGCUAUUUUAUGUAUUUAAGAAGCAGUAUAUACAUUGUUGAUGACGCAUCAUCUUUUGUUUUGAAUAUAUUGAGGGAGGGCGGGGAAAUGUUUUUAAUCUUUUGUAAAAUUAUCUAUUUCUAGUUUAACCAACACAAAUAUAGCCCUGUACAUGUCAUAAUUUCUAGUCAGAUUUAAUAAUGAUCCAAUAAAUGUCAUAUUCCUUCAAUGAAAUUAGUUUCUGAAAAUUUGUCCAUUUUGACAUACAAAAUAAAAGAUCAGUCAUGUGUUAAUAAAAAAUAUUCUUAAAUAAAACAGAUUUUUUCGUUUUUUAUCAAAUCUCAAUUGAUGCUCAGUGGGUUGAUUAUAUACAAUAUGAUAGUACUGUCUUGUUGAAUAAAGGAAUUUAAAACUACA